GAGCGAGGUUGUUUAUGUCGCGCUUGACGCAGUCGCAGAUGGCAGUACUUAAAAACGUGUGAGGCUCUCGUUGAAGCGGAGUCUCGCUGCCUCCAGAGCCCCGCAGUCAUCACCGUGAACUCGUUGUGAGUCUGCCCUGGAGCGACGAUGGCUGAGAGCACAAACUGUUUCUACUGUCGGGAGGACCUCGGGGGGAAGAGGUUCGUCCGCAACGAGGGCCGGCCGGUGUGCGUCCGCUGCCACACCAAGUUCUGCGCCAACUCCUGCGCCGAGUGCCAUCGACCAAUCCCUGUGGAAUCAAAGGAGCUCAGCCAUAAGGGCCGGUACUGGCAUGAGGAGUGUUUCCGCUGUACAAAGUGUUACAAGCCUCUGGCCAAGGAGCCCUUCAGCACUAAAGACGACCGCAUCAUGUGCGGGAAGUGCUGCUCCAGAGAGGACGCUCCACGCUGCCACGGCUGCUAUAAAGCCAUACUAGCUGGUACAGAGAGUGUGGAGUACAAAGGGAACUCGUGGCACGAUGAGUGUUUCACCUGUUUCAACUGUAAACAACCAAUAGGAUCGCUGAGUUUCCUCACCAAAGGAACUGAUGUGUACUGCAGCCCCUGCCAUGACAAGAAAUUUGCCAAACACUGCGUCUGCUGCAAAAAGGCUAUAACCUCUGGAGGAGUGAACUACCAGGACCAGCCGUGGCACAGCCAUUGUUUUGUGUGCAGCUCCUGCUCCAAGCCCCUGGCAGGGACCAGUUUCACUAACCACCAGGACCAGGUCUUCUGUGUGGACUGCUACAAGACCUCCGUGGCAAAGAAAUGCAGCGGCUGCCAAAACCCCAUCACAGGUUUCGGUAAAGGAGUGAACGUGGUGAACUAUGAGGGCAGCUCCUGGCACGAAUACUGCUUCAACUGUAAGAGAUGCUCCCUCAGUCUGUCCAACAAGCGCUUCGUAGCCAAUGGGAAAGACAUCCUCUGCGCCGACUGCAGCGACAAGUAGAGCUGGAGAACGCUGUGUUUAUAAAGUCAUUUUAGAUUUCUUUAUUUUUACAUUAAGGCCAGAGUCCUCAUUUCAAUAUUGUGUUUAUUAUUACAAUUACAAAAAAACGAAUUGUUAUCAUUUGCUGCAUGCUAACACAUGAUUAGCCACCUACAGCUAAAGCAAAUAAGCAACAGAUACUUUCAUUACUUACCUGAACUGUUAAAAGUAGAUCUCAUGAUGCUGUAUUAGAGUCUGCAAGUCUUAGGAAACAUAUGUUAUUUCUUUUUUUUUUUUCUGAGCUGAUGGUUGGGAAAGUUGAUACUUUCACUCAGCAGUGUAUGCUAGCGUAUUAGCAUAAAGCUAAAGGGUAACGUGAUUUUUAAAGCUUUUUAAAUUGUAUUAAAUUGUAUCUUUUUUAAGCACAAAAACAUCUGCUUUUGUUCAUGUCAGAAAUGUGAUAUUUUCCUAUGAUCAAAGUGGUUUUAAAUAACCAAAAUAAUUUCUAUAUUUGUAAUUGCUCAUUUACAACGGAUUGCUAUGCUUGUUGUGUGUGAAUAAAAUAAACAUGUAUGCACUUUUCUUUUAAGUAUAUAAAUACAAGUCGGAAAUGGAACAUAUAUUCUAUUUGUAUGCCUUGUUACUGUAUGUUGCUAAUAUGAAAUAAACUUUCAAAAAAAGGCUAA